CACUUUUCAAUUUACCGCACAGCCACCAAGUAGCCUACCAUGGAACACAUUGUUCUUUUCCAGUUCAAUCCCGAAGUGACGCCGGAGGCCAUCACUGCCUUUGGCAACUCCAUCUUGGCGCUCAAGGAAGUCGUCCCCGGGAUCAUCGACAUGGCCUUUGGCGAAGACCUCAAGGUCGGCCACGCCCAGAACUUCACGCACGGCCUCGUCGCGCGCAUGGAAAGCCCCGAGGUGCUCGAGGCCUACCUCAUCCACCCGGACCACGUCGCUGUCGUCAAGGUCCUCCACGAAAUCGUGGCCAACUUUUUGGCGUUCGACUUUCUGAGCUCGCGCGAUGCCCCGACCCGUGCCUAAGCACACAGUGCUCUCUAUGAAGACGUCGAAUACACCCUUGUACGUGAUACCAA